AUGCCCUGGGUCGACGGCUUCGCGCUCAAGCCCGAGACGCUCGCCAUUGCCGGCAAAAACCUCGUCUUCUCGGCCGAGAAGAAGUUCUUCGUCGUGCCAGAGUACGCCGAGGUGCUGCGCGCCGCCGCGGCGUCCAGUGACCCGCUCAAGACGUUUGCGCCGCACCUCGUCGAGUUCUGCCUCGACGACCCCGAGUUCGCCGCCGUCGCAUACAGGCAGCAGCUGGCGUACGCGACGUCCAACGAGACCUUCUUCUUCGACCUGAGCGAGAUCCCGCCCCUGCCAGCCGCCAAGCCGUUCAGGCUGCACGCGCACGCAGUCACAGGCGCGACGCGCGACUUCACAAAGGGCGCGUCGUUCAACACGCGCUUUAUGCUCGGGCCUGCGGGCCUGGUCGAGACCGUGUCCCUCACGCCCGAGGUGGAAGGCGAGUACCGCGAAGCGACGGAGGGGUUCGCCGAGGCGUUGCAGUGGAAGCCUGAGUGGAACAAUGUCCAGGAGGAUGAGUGGCAGCACUGGUACCACCCCUGCGGCGUGCGCGUGUUCUCUUUUGCGCCCAGCGAGCAGUUUGCGGCGACGCCUGCCGGGCGAAGCAGGAAGCGUUCGCAUGAGGAAAUCGACGCAAAGUUGUAA